AUGGCUUGGUUGUUCUCUUGGAUGUGCAUCACUAUCUGUGUAGACAAGGCGCUGGGGAGCCAGACUGAUGAAGGGAAACUGUACUCUGAAAACAUCACCCGAAUUCUGGAUAAGUUGUUGGAUGGAUAUGACAACAGGCUCCGACCUGGAUUUGGAGGUGCUGUUACAGAAGUCAAAACGGAUAUCUAUGUGACCAGCUUCGGGCCCGUGUCAGACGUGGAGAUGGAAUACACAAUGGAUGUUUUCUUUCGGCAGACUUGGACUGAUGAGAGGUUGAAGUUUAGUGGGCCAACUGAAAUUCUUAGAUUGAACAAUUUAAUGGUCAGUAAGAUCUGGACACCAGACACCUUUUUUAGAAAUGGAAAAAAGUCAAUUGCUCAUAAUAUGACAACUCCUAACAAACUUUUCAGAAUUAUGCAGAAUGGAACUAUUCUCUAUACGAUGAGACUGACCAUUAAUGCUGAUUGUCCCAUGCGGCUGGUAAACUUCCCUAUGGAUGGGCAUGCUUGUCCAUUGAAGUUUGGGAGCUAUGCCUAUCCAAAAAGUGAAAUCAUUUACACAUGGAAAAAGGGACCUCUGUAUUCAGUAGAAGUACCACAAGAGUCUUCCAGUCUCCUCCAGUAUGAUCUUAUAGGACAAACAGUGUCUAGUGAAACAAUUAAAUCUAACACAGGUGAAUACGUAAUAAUGACAGUUUAUUUCCACUUGCAAAGGAAGAUGGGCUACUUCAUGAUACAGAUUUAUACUCCCUGCAUUAUGACAGUCAUUCUUUCUCAGGUGUCUUUCUGGAUUAAUAAGGAGUCUGUUCCAGCUAGAACAGUUUUUGGGAUUACUACAGUUCUAACAAUGACCACUUUAAGCAUCAGUGCGCGCCACUCUUUGCCCAAGGUGUCUUAUGCUACUGCCAUGGAUUGGUUCAUAGCUGUGUGCUUUGCCUUUGUCUUCUCUGCACUUAUCGAGUUUGCAGCUGUCAACUACUUUACCAAUCUUCAGACUCAGAGAGCAAUGAGGAAGGCAGCCCGGGCAGCAGCACUAGCAGCAGCACUAGCAGCAGCAACUGUACCAGCAGAGGACGAGAUUGUCUCGCAUUCUGAUUCCAAUUGUAACCUGAAGAAGCGAGUGAACUCCACAACCUCUCAGACGGACCAGUCCCCUGAAGCCAGCAUAAUGUCCAAUAGUGCAUCUCAAGGUCAACCAACAUCUAUUCCCCUGCCAGCCCCGCCACCGCCACCACCAGCACCGCCACCAGCAAUCGGAGGCACUAGUAAAAUAGACCAGUAUUCCCGGAUCCUCUUUCCAGUGGCAUUUGCAGGAUUCAACCUGGUAUAUUGGGUUGUUUACCUUUCAAAAGACACUAUGGAAGUGAGUACUAGUGUUUAA